AUGCCCCUUCCCAUUGCCGGAUCGCACGGUAUUGCGCAGUUGCUGGCCAAGUACGGCUUCAAGCGCUGGGGUGCCGUACGGCGAGAUGCUUGCGUGGAUGCCGUAAUUAUGGCGCUCCUGAACAUUGUUACCGAGCAGCAGGUGGCGCGUCGCGCCAUGGCCAACCACCGCCGCCAACCGCCUUCAGCAUCGCCGUCCUUGGCAACAGCGGUGGCGGCGGCCGCGGGAUUGAAAGCCGGCGGCGGCAACCGCUUUAGCCAGGUCAGCAACGGCGCCGCCGCCAGUACGACAGGCGGUGGUGGCGGCGGCGGCGGCCUUUCCAAUAGCCCGGCGGCGGCGGCGGCUGUCCUCGACAAGUGCCAAAAAAAGGUCCAAGAGGGCUUUGAGCUUCUAGAAGAGCUGCUACGCUGCUUUUCACAACAUCACAACAUAGUCUUUAGCUGUUUUCUGAGAUUUACGCUUGGGAUUUCGCCGCUGUUGGGCUCCGGCCCGCGGCAGUCCGCCGUACAUCUCCGCCGGCCUGAUGAGUCAGCUGGCGUUCGCCCUGCGGCUCUUGGAUGCUACAGCCAGUCGGGUUUUGGAGCUGCUAACCGGGACGUACGGCGGAAGUACGGGACUGGGCCGCUGUACAAUGUCCUUGCAUGUUCUUGUGCGGCAGGUCUGAGAAGUGUGUUUUUGGCUGGCCGGGGUGCUUUGGAUACGGCGGUUCGGCUUUUACAUAUGUGCUCCUUCAAUCGUUUGAAAGUGGAGGACUCUUGCGGGCCGAUGAACACCAUGAGCAUUGCCGUACUGAUGAAGCGACUGCUGGCAUCUGGAGUGCGGCUGGAAGAACCCUUCGUGACAGAUUUGAGGUUCCUCAACUUCCUGGAUCCUGUUUUGAUGUUGGAUCCGGAGCUGCUGGUGGCGGCGCUGGAGGCGGGCACACCUACGGGGUAUGUGCCGUCGUACACCGGCGGUCCUAUGAGUUCCCCUCCCUGGCGUACGGCAGUGGCGGAGAUGGUGGCGGAGGCGCAUCCGCCGAAGAUGUUGGAGCUGUUUCUUCAAUACAAGGCUGACCCCCGCGCUCCGGUGUUGGGCUGCAUAAGGCCCCUCACACUAGCCCUCAUGUCGGGGAACGGGGACGCCUAUCAGCUACUGAAGAGGGCAGCUGCUCAAUCUGGUUCCUCUGCUGUCCAGCCCCAACCCGCAUGUCCGUACAUUCCGUACUUGUUGUUGACGUUUCCACACGCAUUCCACACGAUGUUGGAGCGGCCCCAGAUGACGUGUUUCGUGGCGGCUCCCGCUCUCCGCUCACCGUCAUCCCCGUCGACGCCGACGCCGACCCCGCAGAAGCCACAGCCACAGCAACGGCAACCCUGCCAUCCUUCUCUACCUGCUACUGCUGCUGCUGCUACUACAGCUCAGCCGCCGCCGCCGACGCAGUUCCUGCUGCAUAACCCCGACUGGCCUUCCGAACAGGACUUGCCGUACGAGGUACUAAACAGCAUAGUACGACUGCCUUGGGCCUUCAGUCUUUGGUCCGAGCACUGGGGGGAGGACAGGUUUCGGAGCAUUGCAAAGCGGUUCUGGGACUCAAACUACGCCUCAGCUGCCGUACGAAUCGCCUCCGCCAUCCUACGCGUGGAGUGUUUUGCCGCCGCCAGAACCGCCCCGGCUGCUGCCGCCUCCCCGGGUACGGACCAUAAGUCGUCGACACGGCACCCGUACGGCAGCGGCAGCGGGCAGUCCUCCAGCCGCCGGCCGCCACACACACCGAGUGCCGCCGCCGCCGCCGCCGCAUCCUCCAAUUGCCGAUGGCGGCUGCUGGCGGAGGUGUUUGCCAGCACACUGCGCGGAUUGGGCCCGGGGGUUGGGGAUCUCGACGAUCAGCUGCCGCUGCUGACGUGGCUUCCGACGACCCUACUGAUGCUGUACAAUGACCCAUGGGUCCGAGCGCUCGUCGCAAAUGAGAAUCUGGACGCCAUUGCGCAGGCGACGCAUCGGGCGGCGGCGGAAGCGGAGGCCGCGGGCGCUGCAGCGGCAGCUGCGGCGGAGGCGCCGCCGCCGCCGGUUUGGGAGGAGCGCCUGGCGCGUACCGUCGAGUCGGCGGUGGAUCGGGCCGUGGGAGACCUGUCAUUCGGCUUUUCCUGCCCGCUGUUGCCGCUCGUACAGGACGCAUGGGUGUCACAGCGGGUGGCGGCGACACUGGCGGCGCGGCGCGGUGCUGCCGCCGCCGCCGGGCUGGCAGUGAUGACGGUGUCAUCAGGGCCGGCCGCGUCGGUGCCGUCAGUCGCCGCCGCCGCCGCCGCCGCCACUAUGAACUGCGGGAGCGAGCCGAAACGCGGCGGCAGCGGCAAGAAAUCCGCUGCCGCUGCGAAGGCAUCAACGACGUCAAUCACUGGCGGCGGCGGCGGCGGCGGUCCCACAACGGCAUCACUGGCGGAGGUCGUGGCGUCGCAUGAACCGUACGGCGCGUGGCUGGCCGCGGUGCCGCAAUGGGUGCAGGCGGCAGUGACACGCUUUGUCAUCGAAAUGUUCGAAUGGAUGCACGUUGCUAUGCGUGGGGAUGGAGGCGGCGGCAAGCUGGCGAGAGCGUUACUAGAGGCUCGGAGCAAGCUGGGGCCGCCGUUGGGAUGA